GACCAAACCAAACAGAAGACAGUUUGUUCUUUGUCUUGGCCAACUAUAAUCAAUCACUAGCUAGCGUUUGGAUAUCUCUCUCUCGAUCUCGAUGGCGCUCAAACAUUCGAUGAAUAUAGACUCUUAUGAAUCAAAAUCAUACGCCUGUCUCGACAAUUCCAAAGAUACAGUAUCGGUAGUACUAAGGAUCCGUGGAAUCAAACGCGUUUUUAAGCGGAGUGCUAGUGGUCGUGAAACCCUAAUUCAACAAACAACCAUCGGCGGGAAGGAAGUUGUAGAAGUGAGAACCGAGAUCCCACCUAUGAUUUUGAUUGGUGUAGAAUUGUGCGCUAUCCUGUUGACCUAUAUGUUGAUCGAUAAUGGAAUCCACGCAUGUAUCCGGGACUGCGUUGUUGUUAACAUCGCCAAAGAAGCGAUUAAGCUGCAUCGAGAAAAAAAAGGAGGAAGAUCAGGUUUCUUAAUUGUAACUCAAGUUGGAGUUAUAGAAGAAACUUGGUUUAGUGAUGUGAUAGAUCAUGAUGACAUAUCCGAAGAUCAUCCUGAUCGGUUACAAACAGAACAAGACUCAUGCACAAUCUGUCUAGAAGCGUUGGGAGACUUUAGAUAUGAUGAGAUCGGCGCAAGUGACGACAUUACUCGAGUGUAUGAACUACGUUGGAUCCUCGGAGACAUGGACAUCGACCCGAUCGAGAACCUUCCACCUCGUGGCUAGUUUCUACUAUGCAUCCAUUUAUCAUCUGAAAACAUCGUCUCUGUAUUUCUCUCCAUUGCUUAUGAGUUUUGACCUAGAUAUGAGCGACGAUGAUCAUAGCUCGAUAACUUGUUGAACAAGUCAGGAACAACGAGUUCUUAUGAUGACCUCGAAAGAGACCGUGAAUGCUCUUUGUAUCAGCAGGGUUUGUGAGUGUAGCAAGAAUGUUGGAAGAGUUUCUGUUCGAGCUAGGGCGCUGCUGC